GGUGGAUUCAUGGAUUUUUUAUGUACUGCCAAGCCAAGCUAAGGUUGACACUUUUUUACACCAACUCUUCUUUCUCUCUCUCUCUUUCUCUCUCUAUGUACAGCCUAAGCUUAUCCCUCCCCACUUGUUGCCUCUGCCAUAUGUUAUAGGCAAAAGAGAGAGAGAGAUAAACAGGAAGAGCAGAACCAUCAUCAGAAGAGAGAGAGAAACAGAAUCAAAGUUGAGUUUAGUUGAGAGAGAUAGAAGGGAAGAUGAACGGUGGUGAGUCGUACGGUGCUAUUGAGACACAGUAUAUAAGGAGGCAUCACAGGCACGAACCUAGGGACAACCAGUGCACUUCUGCACUUGUCAAACACAUAAGAGCUCCUGUUCAUCUUGUAUGGUCGCUGGUUAGAAGAUUUGAUCAGCCCCAGAAAUAUAAACCGUUUGUAAGCAGGUGUAUCAUGCAAGGGGACCUUGGCAUUGGAAGCGUUAGAGAAGUGAAUGUUAAAUCUGGUCUUCCAGCUACAACCAGUACUGAGAGAUUGGAACAACUUGAUGAUGAGGAACACAUUCUUGGCAUCAGGAUUGUUGGAGGUGACCAUAGGCUGAGGAACUAUUCUUCUAUAAUCACCGUCCAUCCAGAGGUAAUUGAUGGGAGACCUGGUACAAUGGUGAUUGAAUCAUUUAUGGUGGAUGUGCCUGAUGGGAACACGAGGGACGAAACUUGUUACUUUGUGGAGGCUUUGAUCAGGUGCAACCUAAGCUCUUUGGCUGAUGUCUCAGAGAGGAUGGCUGUGCAGGGUCGAACUGAUCCUAUCAACCAAUAAGUUUGUCUAGGGGAGCAUGAAGUUGGAUUCAUACAAUUAUAUGAUCCAUUGCUUUCUGAUCCUAGUUCAGGCGCGGAGUUUGGUUGGAGUAUUCCUUCCAUAUUCCGAGAAGUUUUGGAUGUUUUUUCCCUCUGUAUGAUGGAUACAUUCCCCCUAUCAUCCCUCCUACAUUUUUAGCUGUGUAUUCACUCUUUUGAACAGCUAGGUUUCUCUUCUUCAGUUUUUGUAAGAUGAGAUUCUGGGCUUCAUGAGGACACGGAUGGGAGGAGGAAGUUGUUCUUUCCCUGCUAUAUUCUUCCUGGAUUUUGUCGAUGGGUGGUGUGAUACUACAGUUAUUUGUAAAUAUUUUGGAAAAAGACAACUUCUCUUUCAUGUUUCAUGUUUAGUAGCAACUAGCCAGAUUUAUGUGCUGGCUGAAGAGGACCCCAAAACAGUGGAUACUGCUUUGUUAUUUUCAUAUAAGUAGUUUAGUUUUUGUAAGUUAAUCUAUUCCACAUUCUCCUUGUUUAGGACUAUGUUUAGAACACUCAAAUCAAAUUGAUUUUGCUUCUGGUUCUUGUAUGGCAUCAUGCGCCUUGCUUUGAGGAAUUUCAAACACGCUCUUUCUUCUUCCAAGCAUAGCAAGCGCUUUCAAAUUUGACCUUUUAUUUAGGCUUUUUAUGGAAGAUAAAUGCAACUCGUGAGGAAAAAAGCAUUACAACAUACACGCAUGUACUAGAAGGGUUGAAGAGUUGAAAUAAAUAUAAUUCCUGCCUGAAUUGGAAAGUAUGGAGAAUUUUGCCUUUUAGUAGAAUAAAUUUUCUAGGGAGAGCAGUUUUCUUAGGUACUUUGGAGUUCUUUGUCAUCUUUUGCUAGUAAUGCAAGAAAAGUAAUUCAUCUUGUUAAAAAAAAGACAGCUUUAUGAAUGAGGAUUGGGGGAUGGAAACCCUUGUUUGUAUGUACCAGCACAACAUUUAUGCAUAUCAUUUUCAAGGCUGUAGGCUGUACAAGUUGGUACGAAUAUAAUGUAAAAUUAUUCAUAAACUUUACUUUAAUUACUUGAGCCUUUUUAGUAAUUCGUUCACGAAAUGGUAUUAGAGUUUUUAUGAUUAAAUGAUUUAAAAUUUAAUCCUUACCAUUUCUAUUCUUCUAACAAAAAGUUCAAUUU